CUGCCAUUACCCUAAAUUCAGGAACCUCCAGCAGAUGAGCACACGCUUACCCACACACCCCAAAAAUAAAGAAGUAACAAACAGAAAGUCUCGUCCUUCUUGUUCUACGGCCACUGUCAGGGCAGGUUACUCUUCGCGGCAGAUCUCUGCUUGCCUUCUUUUUUUGGGCCUUUGGAGAUCUUUGAGGCGCCCCACGUGAUAAGGUGCGUGAGUUAGAUCAUUGGUUUCAUUUGGUAAGAGGAAAUUUAGCAGAGUUGAGCAAUGGUACGAGGACAGUUUUGAAAGCCCUUGAGAAAGCAUCAGUUGCAGAUUGAGCAUCAGGCGAGGCGAGAAACCCAAUGCUGCAUCCGUACAGAAUGGAGGGGUACAUCAUCCCACCCAAAGAAGAGGGUAGAGAGAGGGUAACCUGGACUGGCUGGAUGUCACAGACACCGUCUGUACAAAAAGAUUACUGGGCAGUUUUAACCAAAGAUCAGCAAACAGAUGAAAUGUUUGAAACAGAGAUCUACCGACCACCAAUGGAGUAUCAGUAUAUCAUUGAUGACAGUCAGAACGACCACUCUUGGGAUUAUAACACGCAUCACAUUCAUCCAGUGGACUUCGAGAAUCUGCCAGAGAGCCACUUCACAGAGCUACAGAGCGUGCAGUCACUACAUGCGUCCAGUGUGCAUCGCUUUCCAGAUGUGGAGUCCAGCCAUUUCAUGGACCCAGGCCUGGGUAGCCAUCACAUCCCUCUGGCCACUCCACAGAUGACAUACUUGCCCCGGACAUCAGUGUGUUACCCUCACAAUGUACAGCCGUCUCCUCUCCAACGCAGCUCAGAUGAGGAAGAUCCCAGCAGUCGCAGUCCUCCAUUAGAAGUGUCCGAUGAGGAGUGUAUGAGAGACCACAUCACCUCUACAACGGGAGGAGAGCAUGGUAACAAGAAGAAAAUUCGCUUGUAUCAGUUCCUGCUUGACCUUCUGCGAAAUGGAGACAUGAAGGACAGCAUCUGGUGGGUGGAUCGAGAAAAAGGAACAUUCCAAUUCUCGUCCAAGCACAAAGAGGUUUUAGCCAACCGAUGGGGCAUCCAGAAGGGCAACCGGAAGAAGAUGACCUACCAGAAGAUGGCAAGAGCACUGAGAAACUACGGAAAGACAGGAGAGGUCAAGAAGAUCAAGAAAAAACUCACCUAUCAGUUCAGUGGGGAGGUCCUCGGGAAGAGCCACACAGACAGAAAGCAUUACAUGUAAACAUAUUUGUAAAAAGGACUGUAAAAAACAAGAGAGAAGCUAUUUUUUCUCUAUGAAAACAACAAAUAAGACUCUCUCAAGCCUGAACCCUUUGCAUUAACGCCUUCGCAUUAAUGAAGUCAAUAUAAGUACACAUAUUUAAAAUGGCAGACACGAUGACCAAACUAGGUAAAUUUAAGAAAUUAGUAAAGACAGUUCACCACCACGCAUGAUGGAAAAAAAAAAUCACAAAAAUACAAAAAGCAGAAGUGAAAACCAAUGACACAGCCUCACGGAAAACUCUGUCACGUCUGGGUAGCGCGAGCACAAGCGCACACACACACACACACACACAUAGAUCUCUGCCCAUAUUUGAACUGUCUUUAAGUAAAUUUGUAAUAUUUAAUAAUUAUUGGUCUGGUUUCUAUAAUUGUCAAUAUAAAGUGUGCAGCAUGUUUUCUGUCAACAUUGUGUUCAAAAAGUUGGAUUAUCAGGACAAUUACUCAGCAAUGCAUUAACAUAUAUUAAUAUAAUGUUAAAUUUAAA